AUGCAAAUCAAUUAAAGAAUUGGAAUUUGAAUAAUUAUUAGAUUAUUCGAAUGAGAUAUGAGAUUUGUAAAAUCAUCCAAACUUAAAAAGUUAUUUAUUUGUUGUACUGACUGCCAUUGUGUAGCUACAAUUUUUAAUAGAAAAGAACAUGUACAGUACGCUAUCUCUUUUGAAUAAAGAUGAAAAAGUCAUACUUGUUAUUGUGUCUUUUACUCAUAACCAAUUUUUCAAUAACGGUUUACGCACAGCAAGUAGAAUUAUAUGAUGCCACCAGCGAUGCCAUCGAUUUUUUCAUCACGGUCAUGGUCCCACUGUUGGCAAUAUCACUCUUUGAAACAAAGAGACGAACAAAAAGAAAUAUAUUCACUUUUCUCGACGAUUUCAUAAUCUAUUCCAGCUUCCUCAUACCCGUCAUAUAUUUCUAUUUCUACAGUAUCAGGACCGGUACAACCCACACACUGAAUUUUGCAGUAGCUUGUGCCCUAUUUUUUGCUCUUAUUUUGAUACUGUUUGAAUUCUUACUUUUCAUGAGGGAAGAUUAUUUUAGAAGAUACAAGAGAUUUUGUAGUAUAAUCUAUGCAUUCAUUCUUUCUGUAAAUGUAUUUGAGCUAGGAAUUAUUUUUAAGACCAACACAGUAGUGAAAAAAUUAGAUCCUUAUGUUAUGACUGCCAUUUGUGAUGGAGGUCGUGUCAGAUGUAAUCUUGCUACUGCUUUGCUCAUAAUAGCCGUCAUUUCUUCGCUUCUACUUUUGCUUCUGCCAAUAUCCAAAGCGAUCGGGCGUUGCUACCUCACUUCAUUCUAUGUAAAACUUUCUUCAACUUUAUGUCAUGCAGUGAUAAUAAGCAUGGUAACACUAGUGACGGGGUGGACACUAAGUAAUAGUGAAUAUGUGACGAAGAUUGUAUUGGCUAUUGGUACAUUAUCUAUCACACGAAUUAUUAAUCGUUUCAGGGAUUUUGAUACUAGCAAAGUAAUAAACGUCCAAGGACAAGAAGAAAUACCCAAAAGAAUUUUGUUGUCGCAUUUUUUGUUCGAUUUUGAUGACUUAUCUAAUGGGAUCAAAGAAACAAAAGAACUCAAGCAAACGGUUUAAAAACUCUAUUAUUCUAAUAUGGAUUUGUAAAUAUUUUAUCCCAAUGAAAAUAAAUUAUUUUGAUUCUCUUAUUAUUUUUAUAAUUUUAAUAUGCCGAAAUUAUUUGCAUAAAAUUCUAUCAGGUUCGCAUAGUGAAUUAUCUAUUCAAAGAUGAGUUCAUGGUCCUCACUCCUCAGCAUUAAAUUUUCAUCCAAUUCGUUUCCAUAUCGUAGAGUUGCUAAAAAUAGGAUCUGUCUAUGUUUCUAAACUUCAGUGAUGAUACCAAGCUUAACAUGAAGAUUGAUCAAAUGACGCCAAAGAUUCUAAAUCACUAUCCAAUAAAGAGUGAGGCGAAAUAACAUCUGAAACUCAUUUAAGGCCAUAUAUCACGCGAUAUCAUUCGCAUUUUAGCUCUAGGUCUUUAUUCAUAAUAUCAUAUUUGUCGCAUCAUUU